AUGGACGGAAUAUAUUGCCAAAAAUGGGAGAUCUGUAAGCAGGAACAUGAACGAUGGAGUAAAUGGGGAAAAUUGGUACCCCAUACAUCAUGUGUAAAGGCGAAGAAGCUCACCGAGAUCUUCAUCGCUACCAAAAAAGUCGUUAAAGAGUACUGUACUCCUAAGCGGUGGCUCCCAUCAACUGGCAAGGGCAAAAACGCAAAAUUCCACGCCUGGGCAUACAAUUACAGCACGGGACAGUUUACAAAACUCAAGUGGAUGUAUUUGAAGUUGGAUGGUCAAUAUGCUAAGUCAGCGCCAGGGAUUUCGGAAUGGGGACUCACCUACAGUGUCAAUGAGCAUAACGCCAUUGAAUUAUGUGGCUACCCCUCUGACGAUAUGCAAAAGAAUUCCAUCGAUGCCGAGUUACAGUGGGAGGUUACUUUAGAGUAA